GGGGGUGGAGUGGUGUGAUGACCUCCCCGAGCGGGAGACAGGGGGAAGUUUGGGUGGGCUUCGGCCCGCCCAAAGGUCCGUCUGUCACCCCCGGUCCACCCUGGGCAACGCCACUAGCGACUGGCAUUCGUGCCUCUUUCUAGUGGCGGCUAACAUCCACACUGGUGUUGUCAGUAGGUGCAGGUUACUACUGACGACCUAUAUACAACCUGCCUGUGCUAGGACCUGCACAGUUGAGCGCCGUAAGCAAGGAUGACGGGAUCCUGGCGAUUGAGCCAUUGCCAACCCGCGUGGCAACACGUCUGCUUUGGCCCUAAUUUCGGGCAAAACGGUAGCCCGGGCUACUAGCCACAGUCCGGGAAAUGGUCUAGUGAGGAACCGUAGGUGGGCUCACGGCGAGAAGUGAGGGGGCCGCAGAGGCAGUUUCGGCUGCUGAUGCGGUGGUGAAAGGCCAUGCUGAGGAAGUGCGUAUGGGUGAAUCGGGCGGAGGGCGUCUGACCUGGACGACCCUACGUUCCACCCUUACACAUUUCCGAUGUCGCGCAACUAGCCAACUUCUCACUUCUAUACCCGAGUCGGUGUCCUAACGACUGAAAGCACCUUUUAUAUGUGUGAGUAGGCGUUCCCAGAGGUGGGGCCCUUGUAGGGUGGGAGCCGAUGAGGAUGAAGAAAAUCGUUACGAACUAUGGAUAACAGGUCUAACGAAAACCCCCAAGCUGAUCCAGCAGCGUCCAUCGCUAAUGGUGAAGCCACACAGGAGAGACAAGCUGUUCCAGUGACAGUGCAUCAAACCGGAAACCCGGCUUGUCCGCAACCCAGUUCAUCUGGGGAGCAGACCGGCCCAAACUCCUUCCAGGACUGGCAGGUAGUGGACCGACGGUCCAAGAAGCGACCCCCUACUGGGAAGCCUCACCCUGCCAGACCUGUGAACCCUUCUUCUUCUAACCCACCCCCCCCUGUUAAAUGUCAAGGUGGGGUGGCUAAGAAGAAGAAGAAAAACAAGAACCAGAGGCGUGCAGCUCGUCUAGCACGAGAGCAGCAGCUGGGUAACACACCGACACCAACACACCCUGCAACCGGGGUGGGUGCGCAGGCUUCCCAGAAGCCGGCACCCAAACCGGUGCCGAACAAGCAGGAUGCCGCUGCCAGGCCUCCGCCGAAGGGGAAAGGUUCCACCCUACCCCCUAAGGCUGGAACGUCGGGCGGCGGCCCUACGGGCUCGGCCGCAGAUCCACCCAAACGACGACCUGGUAAGCUCGCACGAGCCGCUGCUAAAAGGACGCGUGAUGAGUCCUUCUCCCCGCAAGGAGAUAACAAAAAGCAGCGACUAGUGAGCCCAAGCCAACCUUUGACGUACGCACAAACAGCGGCGUCUGACCUGACGAUCGUCAUUACUGACGCGAAGUCGGGGAAGAUUACCGCUGAUCACUCCAACGCCAUCCUCCGCGGGUUGCACCAAGCAAUCGUGGUGGAGGCAAGAAAGAACAUCGUGGGAGCCAGGCCACCUAAAUUCAAGGGCAAGCCUGUCUUCGCUGAGGGGCAGCUGAGGGUCUUCGCAGAAGACGAAUACUCGGCCGCCUGGUCUCAGCGAUGCAUCCAGGCCCUAACCUUGCCAGACAUCUCCCUUAAGGCGGUUCGCCAAUCGGAGAUGGCAAGGACAGUUAAGUGCGGGCUCCUAAUACCCAACAUAAACAACUCGUCCUGGGAAGACGUCCGUCAGGCAGCUGAUGGACUAAGGUACCAGAACGAAUGGGCCAAGGUUGGAUCUUGGUCCAUUAUAGAAAUACUGCGACAAGACCAGGGGUGGUUUGUCGCGUUCACAAUCCCCGAAGACCUCGUCCCCGCCUUCAUGGAGAGGGGGAGAUCCCUGAACUGUGGGGUGGGCAAUGUCUACCUCAGGUUCAGGGGUCCAGGAGGCAAAUACCUGGACCAGCCUCCCACCCAGCAGGGUUCCACCCUAAGGGUAACGGGAGCACAGGUCCCCAGUGAACAGGCUGCGGGCACCUCCGAGCAGAGCAAGUCUGUCUCCGGGGAGAAAGUUGCCCCCCCGUCGCUACCCAGGCCGACGAUACCCGAACUCUCGGAGGAUGAACUCCUUGGCACUGGUGAGGGACCAGCCGGGACAUCAUCCGAGGGCGAGGACUUGUCGGCCUGGAUAGAGUCUGGGUUGGCCGACAUGUUCAAGGAGGGAGGGGAGAUGCAAGAUGCCGCCCCCACCACCGACAACAUGGACACCAACUAGUGUCCUCCAGGCAAACCUCCAGCACAGCGUGGCCGCUACGGCCCAACUCAGACGCUGUCUGGUAGGUUUGCCAACAGCCGUCGCCCUCCUACAAGAACCAUGGGCGGGCAACGGAUACAUACACGGGCUGUCCGAGACGAAAGGCUGUCGCGACCUAGUCCUCGCCUCGGCGUACAUGCCCGGAGAGGACGAGCCACCGCCGGCCGAACUACAACGACUGGUCAACCACUGCGAGAGAUCAGGCCUCGCAAUAAUCAUCGGGGCCGACUCCAACG